AUGGCAACUUUAAUUUCAGUUAACGUGACCUUCUUGAUGGGCUUCGAGGAGCGAGUGGCGUCGGCCACUUUGACCACCUUCUUCUGCUUGAUCUUCCUCUUCAUCAACGGCGUCAUGUUGUUCACGCUGGGAAGUAAACGUGUGUUUCGGGAGACGUCGCGCUACAUCUUGCUGUCGAACCUGCUGCUCGGAGACACGCUGCAGUUGGCCAUCUCGCAGCUGCUGUACUUGCUGAGCGCGUCUCGCGUCACCCUCACGUAUCCCCUAUGCGGCGUGUUCGUCAUGCUGGGCAAACUCUUCAGCAGGAUCUCGCCCCUGGUGCUGGUGGUGAUGUCGCUGGAGAGAUACGUGGCCGUGUGCCACCCUCUCAGGCACGCCUCCAUCAUUACCAGCAGGAACACGGUGGGGGCCUCGCUCGCCGCGUGGGUCUUUUGUUUUCUAAAUGUUCUCAUUCAGGGGCUUCUAUUGCUGAUGUUUCCCUUUGACCAGCUGGAGAGUCUGCAAAUGUCACAGUUUUGCAGCUUCUUUGCCAUGUUGCUUGUACCUGUUUCUGCAUUUUAUGUCAACGUUUACACAUAUUUCCUGUUCAUCUCUGCGACCCUGACGAUUGUUUUCAGCUAUGUGGGCGUAAUUGUGUCGGCCAGAUCGGCGGCCACGGACAAAGACUCGGCCCGCAAGGCUCGGGACACGCUGCUGCUGCACCUUGCGCAGCUGGGCCUCAGCCUCUUGUCAGUGUUCUACACCACCCUCCUGUUACAAAUCUCAACUCUAUUAAGCUGGGUGGUCUUCAUACGACUCCAGUGCAUUCUGUUUGUGUUAUUCUUCCUUUUUCCUAGAUGUCUGAGUUCUCUCGUUUACGGACUGAGAGAUCAUAGUUUCAGAGUUGCGUUCGUGGACCACCUGCACUUUCACCUCAAAGUGUCUGUCACUCCUGUCAAAGCUGCGUUUGUGUCCUGA